CUGUGCGCUCGUUCACCAGAAACCGCGUCAGCUAUGAGUGACCCGCGCUUUCCAGUCGACGUCAGUCUUAUCGGAGUAAUGAAGAAGGACAGGGACAAAAAAUACAUGGUAUCUGUGCUAUGGUCAGACCAGAGUGAGCUGAUAGUGUAUCGAUCCCUCAGAGACUUCAAAACGCUCCAUAGGCAGUUAAAAAAUAAGUUUCUUGUGGGAAACCAUUUUGGUAAAGAAGAUAGAGUGCUUCCCAGAUUUGGAGCCCAGUUCACAGCAACGUCGUUUCAGUUGAAGGGUCCAGCUAAGUCAGUGUCUCGUCUGAGGAAUCUGGAGAGGUACUGUUCCAACCUGUUGCAGUGUGACACGGCUGUGGCACAUUCCACAGAAGUAAUUCAAUUCUUUCUGCCAACUGAACAGGAGCUUCUGCCAGAAUAUACCCAAAACAGUGUGAUGAUUCUACAAUCAAACAGCAUCCCCACUGUCAAUAGAGGAGCUGACUUGACAAAUAAACAUCUGAGCAAUGGCAAUGUGACCCAGCCUUUUGUGUCCAAGACAUAUCGAUGUGUGGCUCCAUAUGAGACCAAAGAUACAAAGAACAAGCCCUUUAAAGUAGCUGUGGAUGAAAGACUGGAUGUGCUCAUCAAAGACAAAGCAGGUUGGUGGCUUGUUGAGAAUGAGGAUAAACGUCUAGCUUGGUUUCCCGCUCCCUACUUGGAGUUAUGUGAUGAGGAAGAAGAAGAGGACGAGGAUGAGUUUGACUCACCUACAUUUGAAAUGUCUCUGUACUGCGCCACAAGAAGUUACACAUCUAAAAAAGAGGACGAGCUCUCUCUGAGCAUCGGCGCUGUUGUGGAGGUGUUACAGAGGUCUGAUAAUGGCUGGUGGCUUGUUAGAUAUAACAGAAAGGCAGGCUAUGUGCCUUCCAUGUACUUGAAGCUCUACAACAGCCCCAGCUUUGGCCUUCAGACUCUUCAGAGGAAACUUCACAGCUCCACUAUCAACCUGUCCACCAACAACUCUUUCAAACUGGAGCCUCAGGUCCGCUCACGAAACAGAAUAAAUAAUUUCCUUAACUCCAACUCUCUGGAAAUGCUGUCAGAGCCCCAGAGCCCGAACACCUAUCCAGUACAGCACGAGGAGUCUGGCAGCUUCAGCGAUGAUGGAACCAGCUUCAGCUUCAGUUCCUCGGACACCACCUCAAUGAGCCCAAGCAUGUCCAGCUCAGAGGGAGAUGAGGGCCUGAGACAGCAGGAUAAAGAGCCAGACUGCAUUGAUAUGUCUAGAGGCCAGCCCAGCCCCACCAGCUCUGAUACUGACCACCCUAUGAAAGGAGUCGAAGCUCCCAGGGUACCACCCCGACCACAAACUCAAGAGAUCCUACGUCGCUGCACAUCCUACACCCGUAAAGCUGCUCUGGCAACCUCUGCACGAAUUGUGACUCAUGUUUGAGUAUAAGACAAAACAAUUUUAAUCUGCGUUCAUUAUUAGGGCCAGAGCACUGAUAGUGUGAGGUAUUCACAUUGUAAUUCAUUCAUUGUAAUUGCUUGGUCAAUUAUUCUUCUUCUCUAAAAUGAAUCGCAUUUUUGAGAACCUAAACGUGCUCAAAAACUCAUGAAACUUUGCACAGCAUCAGAAGUGGUGAAAAUUUACGUCUGAUAUGGGUUUCAGAAU